AUGAAGUUAUUCCUCAUUCUCGUCGCCAUAAUUUCUAUUGUAUAUGGAGAAAAGAAGAAGAAAGAGAAGGAGAAUCCGCUUGCACAUGGUUUCACUGAUGAGAUUGACUGGGUCGAAUGGGACCGAGCUAUUGGAGUUGCAAAGGAUCUCAACAAACCUAUUUUCUUCCUCAUUCAUAAAACAUGGUGUGGAGCUUGCAAAGGACUAAAGAACGAGUUCAAAACAUCGUUCAAGACUCCAGAACUGAUUGAACUCUCGAAAAAAUUCGUGAUGGUCAAUGUAGAAGACGACGAUGAGCCUGAAGAUGACAAAUACGCCCCCGAUGGAGGCUAUAUUCCUCGAAUUCUGUUCCUCGAUACGGAUGCUGAUCCUUUGUUGACUAACAAUGAGAACAAUUACAAGAACAACAAAUAUUUCUACCCUCUAGUACCGCAAAUUAUAGAUGGAAUGAAGCGAGCAUUGAACGAAUUUAGUGCUUUGAAUUCGUUUGAAUUGGGAAGAGAAGCAGCUAAGGAUGCACCAACAAAACAAAAGAAAUCCCACAAGGAAGAAACGUCCGAGGAAGAAACAGAAGCAGAAAGUAAUAAGACCGAAGAAAAGAAAAAGGAUGAAAAAACAGAAAAAGCUAAGGAUAGCAAGAAAGAGAGCAAGACUGAGAAGAAAGUUGAUACAAAGAAGAAAGAAAAGGAAGAAAAGAAGAAGGAUAAAGAAGAGAAGCCUAAGAAAGACCCGAAAAAAGAGACUAAGCAAGACAAAGUUAAGGAGGAGAAGGCAACAGAGAAGGAUGAGGAGAAGAAGACUGCAGAGAAGGAUGAGAAGAAGAAGACCGACAAAGAGAAGAAAAGCCUAAGAAAGAUGGUAAAAAAGAGACCAAGCAAGACAAAAAGAAGGAGGAGAAGACAGCAGAGAAGGAUGAGAAGAAGAAAACCGACAAAGAGGAGAAGAAAGACACAAAAAAGAAGGCGGGUAAAGAUGAGAAAAAAGACAAAAAGAAAGAUGAGCUAUGAGUCAAAGCUCAUGGACUUACGAUCACCUUACGGAACCUAUGGAACGAGUUGCGGAUAUAACUCCACCGUUGUUUUUAUAGUCAUAUGUUUUUAUGUGUUUUUAUAUUUUUUUUAA